UAAUGGCGUGGACGCGGAACAGAGGAAAGCACAUCUGAAACCAAUUCCGAAAAUAACCACUAGUCAUUGCUGGACAUAUAUUUCCUAGUGUUGUGUUCAUUUCAUAUUUCAUUAUGACUGCCCGAAGCGCAAAGACAAAGAGGUGGCUCGCUUCUGCGUUCCUGUUUUUCAGUUGCCUGGUUUCGACUGUAAGUAGUUCUGAACAUAAUAACUCUGGGUAUUACCCAUUAAUCAAAUGCCGGGAAGGACUUCUUUUACCGGUGUGGCUACCGCAAGAAAACCUCAGCAGUGGAGACAUUGUUGCGCGAGGCAUAGUGUACUUUGUUGCCCUUGCAUAUCUGUUUGUUGGUGUUUCGAUUGUUGCAGAUAGAUUUAUGGCAUCCAUUGAAGUCAUAACAUCGAAAGAAAAAGAAGUGGUGAUCAAAAAACCGAAUGGAGAAACUCAGAACAUAAGCGUCCGGAUAUGGAAUGAAACAGUUUCCAAUUUGACCCUAAUGGCAUUAGGGUCAUCAGCACCUGAAAUUCUUUUAUCGAUAAUUGAAGUUUACGCGCAAGAUUUUGAAGCAGGUGAACUAGGACCAGGAACUAUUGUGGGUAGUGCGGCGUUCAAUAUGUUCGUUAUAAUAGGAAUUUGUGUUUGGGCUGUGCCGACCCAAGAAAAUCGGCGCAUAAAACAUCUCAGGGUAUUCUUUGUUACCAUGACAUGGAGUGUAUUUGCGUACAUUUGGUUGUACUUAAUCUUGACCCUCUUUUCUCCCGGUGUGAUCGAUGUGUGGGAAGGCCUAGUCACUUUUAUGUUCUUCCCUGCUACUGUUCUAACCGCUUACAUAGCCGAUCGUCAAUUUCUUAUCUACAAAUACAUGACCAAGAAGUAUAGAAUGAAUAAAAGAAAUGUAAUCGUUGGGGGGGAGGGUGACCAGGAUAUGGAGAUGGGCAUGACAAAAAUCAAUCAUGUCCCAGAUGGAAACGUGAGGAAUUAUGAAGAAGAACAGAGCGAUGAUAUUCGCGAAUUCGAAGAACAUCGAAUGCAAUACAUUCAAAUUCUUCGCGAACUGCGACGCAAGCAUCCAGAUGCUACUAUGGAAGACAUUGAAAUGAUGGCAAGGGAAGAGAUUUUGGACAGAGGUCCGAAAAGCCGAGCUUACUAUAGAAUUCAAGCGACCCGAAAACUGAUGGGAGGAACGAAUCUGAUGAAAAGGAAGCUCGAAAAGAUUGAGAAAAAAGAUGACGAAGAUGCAAAAGACGAAAAGCGACAUAUCGUAUCAAUCUGUUUUGAUCCAGGUCAUUAUACGGUUAUGGAAAAUGUUGGUGAGUUUGCUGUCACCGUUUCACGUGACGGGAAUCUGAACGAAGCGGUAGCUGUGGAUUAUCACACUGAAGAUGGUACUGCAAAUGCUGGAUCCGAUUAUGAAGAAGCUCAAGGCACUCUUAUAUUUGGUCCCGGUGAAACACAAAAGCAGUUCUUUAUAACUGUCAUCGAUGACGAUGUAUUUGAAGAAGAUGAACACUUUUAUGUGAGGCUUUCAAAUGCUCGAUAUACCAUCGAAAAAAUGGAGCCACGGAUUCCUGUGGAACUGUCCACGCCUUUCUUGGCAACUGUCAUGAUUUUGGACGAUGACCACGCUGGCAUUUUCCUCUUUCCUGAAGCAGAAGUAGAAGUGACAGAAUCAGUGGGUGAGUACCCUUUGAAGGUCAACCGAUUCAGUGGGGCCCGAGGAAGAGUCAUUCUUCCUUUCCGUACUGUUGAAGGAACAGCAAGGCCUGGAGUCGAAUAUGAGCACUUGGAAGGAGAACUCAUCUUUGAGAACAACGAAACAACGAAGGAUAUUCCUUUGCAUAUCAUGGACACUGAAAGUUAUGAAGCCGAUGCCAUCUUCUUCAUCGAGCUCGGAGAUCCUAAACUAGAAGAAGACUAUUUAAGGGAGAAAAGUGGCCAAGAUCUGAAUGAAAAUCAAGAUGAACUCUCCGAAGAUGAAAAAAUAGCCUUGCUAGGUAAGCCUCGGCUUGGCGAGCAUUACAGAGUCCAAGUGAGGAUCAAGGAAAGUCGGGAAUUUAAGAACACUGUAGACAAGCUCUUCCAAAAGGCCAAUGUUUCUUUAUCCAUUGGGACGUCGUCAUGGAAAGAACAGUUUAUCGAAGCUAUAACAGUCAGCGCAGGUGACGAUGACGAUGAUGAUGAAGAAGGUGAAGAAAUGGAAGAAAAAGAACCCAAACUACCGACCUGUUCAGAUUAUGUGAUGCAUUUCCUUACACUGUUCUGGAAACUGCUCUUCGCUCUCAUUCCACCAGCUGAUAUGAUGGACGGAUGGUUGUGUUUCAUUGUUUCGAUAUUAGGCAUUGGAAUGUUAACGGCCGUCAUCGGGGAUUUGGCUUCUCAUUUUGGCUGUACAGUUGGUCUGCGCGACACUGUGACUGCUGUUGCUUUAGUAGCGUUAGGAACAAGUAUUCCAGACACAUUUGCAAGCAAAGUGGCGGCCAUUCAAGACAAGUACGCAGAUUCAUCGAUUGGCAACGUGACGGGCAGCAACGCCGUGAACGUGUUUCUGGGAAUUGGUGUCGCGUGGUCCAUCACGGCCAUCGUCCACUACGCCAGAGGAAGCAGUGUUCGAGUGGAGCCAGGAAGUCUCGCCUUUUCCGUCACCAUGUUCUGUGCUUUCGCUUUCGUGUCGGCCGCUGUCCUCAAUGUUGAGACGCAGCAAGAAAGUGGAGGCGAGUUGGGAGGCCCCAUGAAAUAUAAGCUACCGACCACCAUCCUCUUCGUUUCGCUUUGGCUCAUAUACGUCCUCAUGUCCAGCAUGGAAGCUUACGGGUAUAUCGAGGGCUUCUAAAAGAUUCGACUCCAACUCGGGAAGCCUAGCGAGUGGCAUAUCGGGAUGAUAUUCACUUCCUUUUUUAAGAGAA